AUGGGAGAUACGCCUGACCAGGAGAUGUUGGACGUGAAGUCGGCCGGUGACGGUGAGCUGCAGGUCGGGCCGGGGGUUCCAGCAAGUAGAUGUAGCCCAGCGAUUGGCAACCUGGGAAUCUGUGAUGCUGCAGCAAAUCAGGAAGCACCAGUGAAGGACGUCGAAAUGGCGGAGGAUCAACCUCCAGCUGGACUGUCGUACACCAUUGACGAUCAAAGGUCGUCGUUCACUGAAUUCAUAAAGGAUCUACGUGUCAUCCUCGCUGAUCACCAAGACCGUGAGGAUAUCUGUGAUCGCCACGUGGACCCAAAUAUCUCGAGUAGCCGAAAACACCCACUGCUCCCGAAGCCGCGUGCUGAACAACCGGUGAGGUGGAUUCGCAUCAAGCUACAGCUGCAAGUGGUGGAGGGCGAGGAAUCGUCGUCAUCGGCUACCCUACUCAUGAGGGAUGACAACGUGGAUGUGAUCGGCUUCAUCAACCAGUCUGGAGUCUGUUACGAUUUUGCCGACCCAAAGAGAAGCGCCCGUCGGAUCCUCCCACAAGAAUACAAGCCAAGCCCCCUGGGUUUGCCCACGGAAACCCCUUGUACCAAAGCUGAGGCGCUGCAGCGUCGCCCCACCCUCGCGCCAUGCCGUGACCAGCAAUCGUCGGAGGAGGCCCCUGUGGAGGUGGAUACGGUGGAUAAGGUGCGAGGUGGUGGAUACGACAUCAUCGAUGGCGGGACCUCGAGGAGACGGGUUCGAACUCCGCCAUUGUAUACACGCAAGUUAAACGCCAAGUGA